AAAAAUUAGCUGCUGCUGCUGCUGGCGAGCGCUGCAGGGAGCCGCCGCCGCCGUCGACGUCGCCAACAAUACAACGGACGAUCGCCAACUAACUGCAGCGGCAUCCGCCUCGUCGAGCUCAUUGUUCUGUGACUGUGACAUCGUUUAUUCCUCGCCCGCUUGCCUGCUGCCCGGCCCGGACCCAGAGGCAGCUGCAGCUGUAGGCUAAAAAUGGAGUGGACCAGAGAGAAGACGUUGCUGCUGAUCAGCGAGUACCGACAGCGGCGCGGACUGUGGGAUAUGACAUGUGACGAGUAUCGCAAGAAGGAUGUCAAGCAGCGACUCUUGAACGAAGUGAGCGACGUGCUCGGCGGCAAUAUACCCAUACCGGAGCUGGAGAAAAAGUUUCACACGCUGCGCACGCAAUAUCAUCGCGAAAUCAAUCGCAUGAAUCGCAAGGAGCCCUACAAUUCAAAGUGGUUUGGCUUUAAGAAUCUCGCCUUUCUCAGCUUACCCUUUGCCUGCCGCUCCACCAAAGGCCGUUCCAAAGAGGAUCCCUCAGCACACAAAUACAUAUUGGGCGAGGUCAACACAUCAGCAGCAGCAGCCGCCGGCUCAGCGGAGGGCAAUAAUAUGAACGACGAGUAUAUGAUUACGUCGCGCAAGUCGCAUGCCAGCAGCCGGGCGCAGGAGCUGGAGAAGCUUAUCGAGGAGACGACCAAAGAUGUAGAAGAUAUUGACGACGAUGAGCCGGGCGUCGAAGAGGACGUCGAUACAAAGCCCAAGCUGAGCAAAGAGCUGAGCGGCACGUAUGUGCACAUCAACGAGGAUGAGCACGAGCCACUCGAGACGCACCCACACCAUCAGCCGCAGCAACAGCCACAGCAUACCCAUCAGCCGUCCAUGAUGGAGCUGCACCACUCUGGGAACGCUGUGGAGGCCGUCAGUUUUCAGGCCAGCGAAAGCGGCGAACUGCACUACCAAACCACAACGACAUCCGGCAAUAGCGGCAAUAGCUCCUCCGUGCAUGUGGUGCCCACGCGCAUUAUAAAAAUACAAAGGCGUGACACGUCCAACCAGGAGAACGGCUACUUCGAGGAGCAGUCCACACAGCAUCAGCUGCAUCCGCCGCCGCCCAAGCGACUCUACUUCGAUCCCAAUGGCACGCACAGCACCACAAUACUCUCCACCUCCACGCUGGCAGCGGCCACCCAGAACGGCAACGGCAGCAAUGUGCUGACCACGACAGCCGGCACGGCCGUAGCCGGCGGCACACUUCGUCUGCCACGUGUCAAUGCCAUAGUCAACACGCAGUCGCUGUCGCCACCCAAGCCGGCCAGCUCACCCAUACCUCCGCCCGCUGUCGUCAGUUCGCAACGCGACGAGUUCUCCACUUACGGCGAAUACGUGGCCAACGAGAUGCGUGCCAUUGGCAACAGGGGGGUGCUGAUCGCGCUGAAGCACAAAAUCAAUACGGCCAUCUUUGAGGCGAAUAUGGCGGAGCUGCAGAAAUGAAAUUGAAAUGGAAAAUGGGAAAAUAAUCAAAUAUGCAGACGAGUUUUUAGCAAGAAUUUAUAUUAAGUUUCCACUUUAAUAGCGAAAAUCGCAAUCCCCCAGUAAUUACAAUUGUAAAGCUUUCGUGUUUUUAUCUCUGUGUUUCAAACUGUAAAUUGACAUUAAUUCACAAAAUAUAAUAUGUAUGUAACAAUUUGAUUAAAUAAGCCAAAUAUAACAUUUAGUAGAAUCCGA